CGGAAGUGACGCAGCGGAAGCCGUCGGCCCGCUCAGCCCGCCCACGCCCGUGCUCCGCCCCCGCGGCGCUAUCGGAGCCAAGAUGGCGACCGAGCUGGAAUACGAGUCUGUGCUGUGUGUGAAGCCUGACGUCAGCGUCUACCGGAUUCCGCCGCGGGCCUCGAACCGCGGCUACAGGGCGUCUGACUGGAAGUUAGACCAGCCUGAUUGGACUGGUCGCCUCCGAAUCACUUCAAAAGGGAAGAUCGCUUACAUCAAACUGGAAGAUAAAGUUUCAGGGGAGCUCUUCGCUCAGGCACCAGUAGAACAGUACCCUGGUAUUGCUGUGGAGACAGUAACAGACUCCAGCCGCUACUUUGUGAUCAGGAUCCAGGAUGGUACUGGCCGAAGUGCGUUCAUUGGCAUUGGUUUCACAGACCGGGGGGACGCCUUCGACUUUAACGUUUCGCUGCAAGAUCACUUCAAGUGGGUAAAGCAGGAAACUGAGAUUUCCAAAGAAUCUCAGGAGAUGGAUAAUCGUCCCAAGUUGGAUUUAGGCUUCAAGGAAGGACAGACCAUCAAGUUGAGUAUUGGGAACAUUACAACCAAGAAAGGAGGUGCUUCUAAGCCCCGGGCCACAGGGACUGGAGGACUGAGCUUACUCCCACCUCCACCUGGAGGCAAAAUCACUAUUCCCCCACCAUCCUCUGUUGCCAUCAGCAACCAUGUCACCCCACCACCUAUUCCAAAAGCUAACCAUGGAGGUAGUGAUGCAGAUAUUCUUUUAGAUUUGGAUUCCCCUGCUCCUGUCACGACUUCAGCACCAGUGCCAGUUUCUGCAAGCAGUGACUUGUGGGGAGACUUCAGCACUGCAUCCAGCUCUGUUCCGAACCAGGCGCCACAGCCGUCCAACUGGGUCCAGUUUUGAGUGUUAUUGGCAAGAUGUUAAGGACACACUUGAAGAAUAAAUGACCUCGAGGGCACCGUUCUAUGAAGGAGCUGAGGGACCGCUUCAUUUCCCAGAACCAAAAUCAGUGGACAAUCUUUUUCCAUAGCUUCUCUGUUGCUUUCAGGCUGGAUUAUUUUGUUACCUCUGUGUUACUUGCUGUAUAAGCCAGGAGACCACCUGCUGUUUCCUGCUCACAUCCGAGACAGGGGAGUAGUGGAAAUGAUCACACUGACCGACUGUGCAGAGUUCAGAAAGCCACCUGUGAGAGUGACCUCUGACAUAUGUAAAUUCUUGAACUUAUUUCAGAAUCAUCUCAUUAUUCCUGUGUAUCUGUUUGUGAUGCCCUAGUUAGCAAUUUCAGGAGAGACAAUGCCUUGUAACUGUCUUUCCCAUAACCUGAGACUAUAAAUGGGCAGACUGGCCUCCAUACUUACCACGUUAGGAUUUUCAUGAGGGUAGAUUUGGAGAAAGCCGUAUCCCUGCUCUCUUCUUCUGUAAGGCCUCCUUCAGGCUUACCCUAUUCAGUGAGCAUCCGGUGAGCCACAGCACCACCGCCUUGUGUGUUUACAUCUUUUCCUUUGAUGAGAGGCUCGGGUUGGUGGCACCCCACGGUUUUCUGCGUGUUGAAUAGUGCAGCAUCUUUGACGGUGGCUAUUUCUGAGAUGAAGGAAAUGAAGACUGUGCUUUCCGAGUUGUAGUCCGCAGACGUGUUUCUGCUGCAUUUGAAGCAUAGCAUUAAUUUUUAUUCACCUGUGUUUGACCUAAGGUAAGCGUUUUAACUUGAUGUGUGGAGCAGAGAAGCGGAAGCACUUAGCUCUCAUGCAGUACCACAUGCCUUGCUGCCUGGUCUGGAGCCUUGUCAUAAACAUUUCCUUUAGUCCAUUUAG